CCGGGCCGGGCUUUGGCCGCCGGGCCGCCCCUCCCGGGCGGGCGCUCCUUCCCUGACGGUGCUGGAGGGCCUGGCGGCGGCGGCCCGUGACACCCAUGGCGCUGCCCGCCUGGCUGCAGCCCAGGUAUAGAAAGAACACCUAUCUUUUCAUCUACUACCUAAUCCAGUUCUGUGGCCACUCAUGGAUAUUUACCAAUAUGACAGUCCGAUUCUUUUCAUUUGGAGAAGAUUCCAUGGUUGACACUUUUUAUGCUAUCGGUCUUGUGAUGCGCGUUUGCCAAUCCAUUUCCCUCUUGGAGUUGCUGCACAUAUGUGUCGGCAUUGAACCAAACCAUCUCCUUCCUAGGUUUCUGCAGCUCACAGAGAGAAUAAUCAUCCUCUUUGUGGUGAUCACCAGUCAAGAGGAAGUCCAAGAGAAAUACGUGGUGUGUGUUUUAUUCAUCUUUUGGAAUCUAUUGGAUAUGGUUAGGUACACUUACAGCAUGUUGUCAGUCAUAGGAAUAUCCUACGCUGUCUUGACCUGGCUCAGUCAAACGCUGUGGAUGCCGAUUUAUCCUUUGUGUGUUCUCGCUGAAGCAUUUGCCAUCUAUCAGUCGCUGCCUUAUUUCGAAUCAUCUGGCACAUACUCCACGGAGCUGCCUUUCGACUUAGCCAUCUAUUUCCCAUACGUGCUGAAAAUGUAUCUCAUGAUGCUCUUUAUAGGUAUGUAUUUUACCUACAGUCACCUUUACUCAGAAAGAAGAGACGUCCUCCAAGGCUUUCCCGUUAAAAAGAAGAAAGUGUGAAGCACGGCGCUCUGAUGUGACAAGAGAAAAACCAGGCUUGUGGAUUCGCUGCAGUAAACGACACCGUGGCGGAAAAACACCUGGUACUUGACAAAAAACCCACGACGGGACUGCUCUCCUCAAACUUGAGACGUAUCACAGCACUCUCUUAUCCUCGCAUGUUUUCAAAACACGUAUUCUGUGCAAGCUACUUCACCAAAGCUGUGGGUUUUAUACAAGUUAAAUUUACGUCGUGGGAAGCCUGAUUAUUUUCCUGUAAGGUUAACGAGACACAGGAGAGGGACUGGGAUAGACUCCGUUAAAUUGAGAAACCAAAGGUGUGAGCCGGAAUUGUAUCUGUUUACGUCUCUCUACAUUUCUUUUCACUUCGGAGUUCCCAGAUAGCAAGUCUGCAGGAGGGCAACGAUGUGAAAUAUGUUUUGCAGUUGUCCAGGAAGACGCUGUAUAGACAGAUGCCCCGCCAUCGCCAUGGUUAACACCAUUUUACACAUGAGACACGCUUAGGAAAUGACACGUUUUCCAAACCCUGGAAGAAUAUUCACUAAUAUUACACAAGGUACUUGGACUUCGAUCCUUAAAAGAGGACCCUGAUGAAACAGAAUAGAUCUUUGAUAAAUAUACAAAUAAUGCCCCAUAUUUCUUUCCUGAAAAAAAAAAAAAAUGAGGCCAUAUCCAUACCUUAUAGGGACAUAAAAGGUACAAAACUAUAAUAAUAAUUUUGAAGGAAACAAGGCAACUAAGAACUAGUGAUGUUUCAGAUUAAUGAAUUAUUAUUGCUAAUUACUAUGUCAUCCCUUAGAGUUUUGAAAACUUUUGAAGAUCUAAAAUAUUUGUGAAUAAUUGACUAAUAGCAUCAUCUCUGUAACACUGGUAUAUCAUUCACUUUUCUUGAAAGAAUUCUAGAAUCUUCUGAUCCAGUAACCAUAGAAAAAGGGAACUAAACAUUUUGUGACAUAAAAACCAGGUAGUAAAAACGUAGUUACAAAAAAAUUGGUAAUCUCAUUUCCACUGAAUAAAACGUUUAAAAAGUUGAGCGUCAAUAAAGAUAAUUGCUAUCUUUACAAAUUUAGUAUCCUAUUUGGAAUCUCAAAAUAAGUAUAAAAGUGAUCCUUUUAAAAAUCUAGAUUUUGUUUGUAAUGUUGCUUAUUUAAAAAAAUUUACUGAAAGCUCUAGCGUAGGAAGAGAACAGAAUCCCUCUGCAAACUUUGGGUGAUUCAGUCUAGCUUCCUCUCAAUUAAGAUCGCUGAAAUACUAUUUACAUCUAGAAUCACUGAAGAGCAGAGUUGUAACAAUUAGAGAAACUACAUUUUGUUAUUAAAUAAUACUUUAAUUUCUAAACCAAAUGACCUUAAGAACCUGCGUACUUCUUAAAAUAGAAGACUGAAAAGAAACACAAGGAAAUUUAGAAUUAUGGAUUGACAAUUUCAGGUCUCUGCAACAAUUGAAACCAAAAUCCAUGACUCCUUUGGUGACCCAGUCACAGUUGUUCUUGUGGUUGGUUGCCUCUAUCCAUAAUUGAGAGAAAUAUUAAAUUUCGUUAGAGAUUAGCAAAAAUAA